AUGUCGGCAACAUGGCUGAUUGAAAUAGCUCAAUCUGGGACUAAUGCUGCCAAACAGUUUAUGAGAGAAGCCGCUAAACAGGCUGGUAUCGAAGAAACAAGUCUCACUGUUGCUCUAGAACCAGAGGCAGCGUCAUUGUUUUGUCGCCACCUACCGGUUGAACGAAGCGGAAAUAAAACGUCGCUCGGCAUACCGAAAGCUGGACAGAGAUAUCUGGUGUUGGAUGCGGGAGGUGGGACAAUAGAUAUCACCGUCCAUGGAGUGUUGCGUUCGAUGGAGGUAAAGGAACUGUACAAGGCGAGCGGCGGUGCGUGGGGUGGAACUAAGGUCGACGAAGCCUUCAAAGGUUUCAUCAAUGACAUUGCAGGGUUCGACGCCAUGGCCGAUUUAAAGCGAAACCACUUGUACGAUUUCAUUGAUUUGUUUCGUCGAUUCGAAAACAAGAAGCGGUCCAUUUCUCCAGACAAGGACAGCAAGAUGAUUAUACCCCUUCUUCUGUCCCUGUGUACCUUGAUAGAGAAACGACAGGGACGAGCCUUGUGUGACCUCAUCAAGAACACGUAUUACGCCUCUUCGGUGUCAAUGACAAACGAAAAGGUCAAGAUCGACGCUAGCGUUGCCAGACGGUUUUUCGAAACAUGUGUUUCAAGCACUGUUGGGCACUUGAAGAACAUUCUAAGCUUGCCAGUAAACAGGGGUGUAGAAGCUAUUUUGAUGGUAGGUGGAUUUUCCGAAUCGCCUAUGCUUCAACACGCUGUGAGCAAAGAGUUCGGAGUUCUAAAAAGAAUUGUUCCACGGGAAGCAAGCCUGGCAGUACUGAAAGGGGCUGUAAUAUUUGGGCACAACACAAAAGCUAUCAAAGAACGUAUUAGCCAACGGACUUACGGUGUUGAAACGACCUCUCCUUUCGAUGCAACCAAACACGAUGUGACCAAAAAGAAAUAUUAUGAAGGAAAAGCCCGAUGCACCGAUAUUUUUUUGAAGCAUAUAGAAAUUGGACAGAAACUAAAGGUUGUAUCGACAGGGUUUGAAGCAAAGACUACAGCUUUAGUAGAAAAACUAUCAGAAGAAGAGCAUGAGAUUCAGGAAUGGAAACUGAAAAUAGAAACACCUGAACAACAUAUGGUGGAAGUAAAACGGAAUAAGGAAAAAGUUCUUAGCCGACGUAAGAGAGGGGUAGUUGAUCAUAGACUUGGACUUCUUGUUGGCAAGCCGGGCCCCCAGGUACCCCUGGACACCAAGGUCCACCAGGCAGAAUCGGAUCUAGAGGUCAGAAAGGUAACAAAGGCACCAGUGGAAACCCAGGCUUACGCGGCCCACCAGGUCCAUACGGGCAUCCUGGCUGGCCCGGACCACCAGGUUUUGUCGGCUUCCCGGGCGAGAUAG